GUGAGAUCACGUGUAGAGAAUCUAGGCAUUUGUUUCUUCUUUAUUUACUACGAAAAGAAAGUGUUAGAUAUGAAAAGUAAACAUUCAUUUGUUUUUAAAUUAAAUCAAGAUCAGUUCUAGUGUUUUUAAAAGUGAUUAUUGCAAACAAAAAAUCAAAUAUGACUCAAAAUUCAAGUGUUAAUACUCAAAUGUGUUUUGUGUUGAUCAACUAUUGACCGUAUAUUUUUUGCAUAUUUUUAUUUUGGAUAACGGGUUUUUGGCACUCGUUUUGACGUCAAGUCGAAAGUAACGAAGACUCAGUUUGGGAUCUCUAAUUAGUUAAGAAGCUUUUUAUAGCGUUUUAUUUGAACAACAUGUCGUUGCCAGGAAAAACGAUAUUCCACAAGCUAUGGUACUUCCUGAGGACGUACAUCCUAAGACUGAAGGUGUUCGACCUGUUCCUGCAGGGAGCCUACCUCAUCAUCAUCCUGCUGGAGACUAACACCUACCUGCUGCUCAAGAGAGACGCCAAGGAAGGUCAUCACUCGAUGCUUAUUCAAGAUUACGUGAUGAUGGCGGUGGCUGGGGUGGAGUUUCUCCUGGGUGCUGCAGUAGCCUGGUGGGGAAAAGGCAAGAGGCAAUUCGCAUUCUCCGGCUGGCUAGCUGUAUGCUCCGCAGCAGGACUCCUCGUGCUCGCUUUCCCGUUCGCAAGGUCAAAUCCUGCUGGCAUGGAGUUAUGUGACGUCCACGAGACGCACGGAGCAGUCAGCAACUACGAUAGCAAUCUAAUAGCUAGAACAACAAUCCUGAUCAUCACAGUGAUACUCUGUGGACUGGCCAGGGUCAGCGUCUGGUCACAUGGUAUUACGUACUUAGAUGACCAUGAUCCUACGAAUGGAUCGUACUUUUACGGUAACCUGAUCUCCAUUCGCCUAAGUUUGGGCAUGAAUGCAGGCUCCUGGCUGGAGCCGACCUCUGAGAGGGACAAAUGGUGGGAGGCUCACCUCUCCAUCUGCAUGCUGACCUUCAUGUUCUCGUUCCUCUUCAGCCUGUUCCCCAAGAGAAUGGUAUCUUCCAAAGAGAUGGAUGAACUGGAAGACUCUUAUGUUGAUACCGGAUUGCUCCCAACUCUUCGACGACUGCUUCACAAUAAGGCGCUGAUGAUGCAAAUUGUAGCGCUCUCCUGUUUAAGUACCGCAGUACUGGUGUUCGUACACUAUGACGAUGCAUAUGUGCAGGCAAAGUUUCACGUGGACACAAAGGACCCACGGACUUCAGGAGGGCUCUCGAGUAUCUUCCGGACGCUGUUCAUCAUUAUUUUUGUUAUGAUAUUCAAGAUCCGUUUCUCAGCGCGAAGACCAGACGGAGUGAAAGCGAACACGGCCUCAAGAGUAGCAGCGGUGGUCGCCAUAUUUGUGACUGCAUUCUACAUAGUGCUGACUGUUCUCAGCUGUAAUACUGACACAAUCAGCGGACUUCGGACUGGAAGCUACUACCAGCCUACCUGCAGCCAAUCUUGCGGGUGCAGCACAGAGCGGUACGGCUUCAGCCCAGUGUGUUUGCUGGACACCAAGCGCACUUACUUCUCUCCAUGUCACGCCGGCUGUACGCAGUCAGAAGACCUCAACGGCGUUCUAUUGUUUAACAAUUGCGAGUGCAGUCUAGGCACGAUGCGCGCUGCACGCGGCGCGUGCUCGCUGACGUCGUGCAUGCUGCCGUACAACGCGUAUCAGAUCGUGUUCACCGUCAUGUUGGCAGUAGCUGCGGCCUGUUUCCUGAUGCAAGGUAUGGCGGUGCUGAGAGCUGUGCGGCCGAUAGACAAGGCCACCGCCGUGGGUACCAGCAUGGCGAUAGUGGCACUGCUGUCCUUUAUACUAGGACAUUUAAUCUACUUGUUUAUUAGUCACAUGACAUGUGUGUACUCAUCAAACGGCGGGUGUCUACUGCACGCGUCCACGAUAUGGAUCGCGGGCGGCGCCAGCACACUACUGACUGCGCUGUCAGCCGCCGGCAGCUUCAUCUCCAGCAAGAUGCAACCUGAUAUGGAUGAGCCAACCACUGAAUUAUGAUCAGACACACAAUAGGGAAUAUUCAGAGACAAUAUAAUAAUAAAUCUAUAGUAGGCAAUGCGCAAGGAAGUGUCGUUCGGACAUAAAAACCAAAGUCACUAUAAAAAAAAUGUAUGGAAUAGGAAGGCGAUGCGAUAAUGGUGCCUAAGCAAUGGGUGCCGCCUAUGGAUACCCGCAGCACCAGAGAAGGUAUAAGUGCGUUAUCGGCCUUUUAGGGAUUUGGGGAUUUGGGACGAGGGGGAAGAUUGGGGCAUAAGAGUGUUGUUGAUAUUUUAGCCUUGUAAUUUCACGCCGGCUUUCUAUGAAGCCGUGGUAUAACUGCGGUCGAGUCGACCGGUCGACCCAUUCCUGCCGAAGCACGGCUCAGGCUCACACGUGGAACGUGUACUAUAUGACUAACGAAGUGAUUUAGAAAAUAUUAAUGUAAAUAUACAUGACAUAGGUACAUACCAUUUAGAUUUUAAGAAUGUUGUACAUACAUAAAGGGUAGGUAACAUUCCUGCGGGUACAGGAAUAAUAGAGGCAGGCCUCAGUACGAGUUUGUUAUACGUGUUAUACGCGUUCUGCGCUGUGAUUGGUUGGAUCAUCGGAGCCGGCC